ACAGUGUUAAGUGAACUCUGUAAAACAUUCCACAUCAUAUUAUUUGCUAAAAAUUGUAAUAUUCACCAGGACAGAAGUAACUGGAGUUUCCAGUAUUUUCUUUUUGUCGAAGAGAACACCAGGAAAUUAUUCAAUGACUAAAACUGUUAUAGUAAACAAAGAACAAUUCAAGUUUUUCUUGUCGGUUUUAAACAUAUAAAUAAGACACACGGACUAACUCUCCUCAGAACUGUUGACAGUUACGCGCCAAAUUUUGCGUGCCGUGUGGGACUAUUGGUGUAUGGUGGUAUUUGUAUAGAAAACGGGAACGAGAAACUUCAAGAUGUAGUCGUUUCACUACGCUAAUAUUUUUUUGCAUCGGCGCUGUGUUUCUCCCAGUUGCUCCCAAGGAUGAAUGGAGAGAGAGAUCAUGAGAUAACUAGUAUGGAAGAGAGGCAGCAGGUGUGGAAAGAGGACAGGAAAGAAGAAGACAAGAUAAAGCGAGCUGAGAAAAGAGGGGCCGGAGGAGGUAGCCUUACUGACGAGUGUUCGAGUGAUUCGGAGAUCGAUGACAGAGGUAUUGAGUUGAGUCAGGAAGAAGAAGAAGACGGAUUUGAAAGUUCGGACGACCAAGACAUCAUUCGAUUCGAACCCGACGGUUUCGUCGUCGACAGCAAGAAAAUGGUCGGGAGGAGGAAAGACGGGGAGGGGGUGGCCGUUACUACGAACGGCAAACGGUCCGUUAGUAACGGCGGUGGUGUGACUGGAGUCAGGAAAGAGACAAACGGGCGCGAUAAGAUCAAAGAAUUGCCGAAGACUUCUCCCCCGCACUCGGAAGCUAGACGGGAGAAUGGAAGAGAAACCAGGUCUCAUUCCGUAAGCAAAGGGCAGCAGCAGGUCUCGAAAACGCCGAGAAAGGCCUCUUUGGAAUCUCCCGCGGGCGUCACUAAGGUCGGCAGGUCACCCGGGAACGAGAGUGAAAGCAGAAUCAUCAGUAACAGGGAACGUAGGGCUAAUCGGGAAUCACCGCCGGGUAGUAAAUCGAAAUUGGGCGAGAAGGUUCCUCCGUCGAAAUCGAAACCAAAAACUCAGAAUCUCGAAAGAACCAAGAAGAGUUCGCCGACUCAGUCGCUGACCAAAACCAAAGGGAACGAAUCUCAGACUCGAUUGAUCGCCAAUACUCAGUCGAAACAAAGCGAGACGAACAGGAAGUCUCCCAGUGCCUCUUUCGAUACUCAGCAGAAACCGACUGCUAGGAAGGAGACGUCGGACGAAGAAUCAAAACCCACGAAAAAGUCAUUGGUAAGCGAUGCUCAGCUCAAAUUACAGGAAAGUCCCCCUCAGGCGAAGGCCCCACAGCCCCAGCCCAAGAGGCUGGCUACGCCCUUGCAUUCCAAACCGCUGGAAAUGGCCGUCGCCCCCUCUGACGUAGCGAAACGACAGGCGGCCCCGCGCCAGACCAAACCCCAAACUAGUACUACUGAGACGAAACAGCCCCAGCCUUCGCUUCCCGUCACCACAUCACCGUCAGAAGUUCUCAAGCAGGAGGUGAUUGCUAGCCUGAAGGAAUCGCAGAGGCAAAGGGCGUGCCCCACGGAGGAACCGGAGGGCGAAGGUCCCCAAAGCGAGUCAGGAACGACGUUUUCAAACCCUGUCGAAGAAACGAAACCGGACGAGGAAACCGCCCUUCUUGCGAAACCGACAGAACCGGAGACUCGCAACUCUUCUCCCGAGAAGACGCCAUCUUUGCCAUCUUCUUCGGGGCAGCAAACCAAGUCGCAGACGUACCCAGCGGGCUCCCGAAAGCCGCUAGCGUUUCCGAACGCGAGUUCGUGGAGAACGAUGCCCUCCUCCUCCUCCAAGUCGGGGGGCGUGUUGGAGAAAGUAAAUAUCUAUGAAACGUCGGAUUUGGUGCAGAAUUCAGCCUUCCGCUACUACACUGCUGGAGGCAUCAGCGUUGUGGUCGAUCCAGAGAGCGGGGUCCAGGAUGGCACCUGGAAACCCACCGAGGACGAAAGUACCCCCGUUGACUUUGUCACUGCUAAAGCGGGUGACUACAUCUGGAUCGAGCCCGUCUCCAGGAGGGAGUUCGAUGUGGCCAUCGGCGCCAGGGUAGUCAGCGCCGAAGGGAGGCGAAUCCAAGUUCAGGACGACGACGGGAAUGAGCAAUGGCUGACUCCAGAGCGCCGCAUCAAAGCCAUGCACCCGACCUCGGUGCAGGGCGUCGAGGACAUGAUCAGCCUGGGUGACCUCCACGAGGCCGGCAUCCUGAGGAACCUCCUCAUCAGAUAUAACGACAACCUCAUUUAUACGUAUACAGGUUCCAUUCUCGUAGCCGUGAACCCGUACCAGAUCCUGCCCAUCUACACGGUCGACCAAAUCAAAUUGUACAGAGGAAAGAAAAUUGGUGAACUUCCCCCCCACAUAUUCGCCAUCGGGGACAGCUGUUACAACAACAUGCGCAGAUUUAAGCAGGACCAAUGUAUAGUUAUCAGUGGAGAAUCCGGUGCUGGAAAGACGGAGAGCACGAAGCUGAUCCUCCAGUACUUGGCUGCCAUUUCUGGAAAACACUCCUGGAUCGAGCAGCAGAUUCUGGAGGCCAAUCCCAUCUUGGAAGCCUUCGGAAACGCAAAGACCAUCCGGAAUGACAACUCCUCCCGCUUCGGCAAGUACAUCGACAUCCACUUCACCAAGGACGGCGUCAUCGAGGGCGCGUCCAUCGAGCAGUACCUGCUGGAGAAGUCCCGCAUCGUGUCCCAGGGGCAGGACGAGAGGAAUUACCACGUCUUUUACUGCAUGCUGGCUGGAUUGACCCGAGAGGAGAAGCAGAAGCUGGAGGUGUCUGAUGCCUCCCAGUACAAGUACCUGACGGGGGGUGGAAGCAUCACUUGCGAAGGCCGAGACGACGCCAGGGAAUUCGCUGACAUUCGCUCAGCGAUGAAGGUGCUGAUGUUCAGCGACUCGGAGGUCUGGGAGAUCCUGAAGAUCCUUGCAGCCAUUCUCCACAUGGGCAAUGUCAAGUUCAAAGGGAAAGUGAUUGACAACCUCGAUGCAUCUGAGAUCCCAGACACGACCUCCCUGGUCAGGGUGGCGAAAUUCUUGGGAGUCGAACCUCGUGCCUUGAAGGAAGCUCUGACUACCAGGACCCUCUUUGCUCAAGGAGAGACUGUGGUAUCCAGUUUAAGCCACAGUCAAGCCACUGAUGUGAGGGACGCCUUCGUGAAGGGCAUCUACGGACGUCUCUUUAUCUGGAUUGUAUCCAAAGUCAACGCUGCCAUCUUCAAGCCCAAGUCCACUUUCAGGACUUCCAUCGGCGUUCUGGAUAUAUUCGGGUUUGAGAACUUCAAAACUAAUAGCUUCGAGCAGUUCUGCAUUAACUACGCCAACGAAAACCUGCAACAGUUCUUCGUGCAGCACAUCUUCAAACUGGAACAGGAGGAAUACAAUUCAGAGAACAUCAACUGGCAGCACAUAGAGUUCGUGGACAACCAAGACACCCUCGACCUCAUUGCAAUCAAGCAGCUCAAUAUCAUGGCUCUUGUUGACGAAGAGUCCAAAUUUCCAAAGGGCACAGACCAAACCAUGCUUCAGAAGCUACACAAGCAGCACUCUCGCCAUAAACAGUACCUCAAACCGAAGUCAGACCUCAAUGCCUCGUUUGGUAUCAAUCACUUUGCUGGUGUGGUCUUCUACGACACUAGAGGUUUCUUGGAAAAGAACAGAGACACUUUCAGUGCUGAUUUACUUCAGCUGAUCCACAAUACCUCAAACAAAUUCCUCCAGCAUCUUUUCAUUGAGGAUAUAGGAAUGGGAUCAGAAACCAGGAAAAGAGCUCCAACCCUCUCUGCCCAGUUCAAGAAAUCACUAGAUAUGCUAAUGAAGACUUUGUCAUCUUGUCAACCCUUCUUCAUAAGAUGCAUCAAACCAAAUGAAUUUAAAAAACCAAUGCUCUUUGACCGUGAGUUGUGCUGCAGGCAGCUCAGAUACUCCGGCAUGAUGGAAACCAUUCGUAUCAGAAGAGCUGGAUACCCUAUUCGCCACACUUUCAGGGAAUUCGUCGAACGUUAUCGCUUCCUCAUUAAUGGAUGUCCUCCUGCGCAUAAGGUGGACUGUAGAGCUGCCACCAGUAAGAUUUGCCAGCAAGUGCUGGGUAGAGCAGAUUAUCAGCUGGGUCACACGAAGGUGUUCCUCAAGGAUGCCCAUGACCUCUUCCUUGAGCAGGAGCGUGACCGAGUUCUGACGAAGAAAAUUACUAUCCUGCAGCGAUGUGUCAGGGGAUGGUACUACAGAAGAAGAUUCCAGAAGAUGCGAGAAAGUGCUAUCAUCAUCCAAAAGUUCUAUCGUGCUCAUGCCCAGAAGAGACGUUACCAGCACAUGAGAGUUGGGUACAUGAGACUCCAAGCCCUUAUUCGCUCCAGAGUGGUAUCCCAUCGGUUCAGGCAUCUCCGAGGUCACAUUGUUUCAUUGCAAGCAAGAUGUCGAGGGUACCUUGUCAGGAGAGAAUUCCACCGCAAGUUAUGGGCUGUCACUAAGAUUCAAGCUCACGUUCGUGGUCUCAUUGCCCGUCGUCAGUACAGAAAGCUCAAGAUGAGAGUAGAAGCUGCCAGGCUUAAAGAAGAGGAAGAAAGAGCACUUCGUAAACAGAUGGACAAACGAAAGGCGAAGGAGAUUGCAGAAAUGAAGUAUAAGGAAAGAAUUUCAGAAAUGGAACUGGCAGAGCAGUUGCGCGACCGAGAAGAGAAGGAAAUGAUGGACCUCAAACGGCAAAAGAUAAGGGAAGCUGAGAGGCAACGGGACGAGCCCAUCGAUGACUCGAAGCUCGUUGAGGAAAUGUUCGAUUUCUUGCCUGAUUCUUCUUCAGAAGCCCAGGCGCCUCCUGUUCACUUUAAGCAAGGAAUGUAUGACCUACCGGCAGGUGGCAAGGGAACCGUUUCUGGAGAUGACAUCAUUUCAGCCAUUCCUCGACCCUCGGGUGACCACGAGGAUCUUUCUGAGUACAAAUUCCAGAAAUAUGCCUCCACGUAUUUCCAAGGAAACGUUACCCACCAGUAUUCACGAAAACAGCUCAGACAACCUCUUCUGCAACUACAGACUCAGGGAGAUCAGUUGGCUGCGUUAGCACUAUGGGUCACCAUCCUUCGAUUCAUGGGUGACAUGGCUGAACCCAAGUAUCACAUGAUGGACAGGGACAACACAUCUGUGAUGUCUAAGGUUUCAGCAACACUGGGAAGAAACUUCAUCAAGAGCAAAGAGUUCCAGGAAGCACAGAUGAUGGGGAUGGAUCCUAAUGCUUUGUCUGCUUCCUCACAGGUGGUCUACAUGUCUCAGAAAAACCGCAGCAUACGCCACAAGCUGGUUUCAUUAACUCUUAAGAGAAAGAAUAAGUUGGGUGAUGAUGUGAGGAGGCGCUUGCAGGAAGACGAGUACACGGCAGAAAGUUAUUCUUCGUGGCUAGAUUCAAGACCAACGUCAAAUCUAGAAAAACUUCAUUUCAUUAUUGGACAUGGCAUCUUAAGGGCAGAACUGAGAGAUGAAAUCUACUGCCAGAUUUGUAAACAAUUAAGCAAUAAUCCCUCCAAAUCAUCGCAUGCCCGAGGCUGGAUCCUCCUCUCCUUGUGUGUGGGAUGUUUUGCUCCAUCUGAGGACUUCGUCAAGUACCUCCUCUCAUUCAUUCGUGAGGGACCUCCCGGAUAUGCCCCAUACUGUGAAGAGAGACUGAUGAGAACUUUUGCAAAUGGCACCAGAAACCAGCCUCCUAGUUGGUUAGAGUUACAGGCUACUAAGUCCAAGAAACCUCUGAUGCUCCCUAUAACUUUCAUGGAUGGCAACACAAAAACACUGUAUGCAGAUUCAGCAACAACUGCAAGAGAGCUGUGCAAUCAGCUCUCAGAUAAAAUUGGCCUGAGAGACCAGUUUGGUUUUUCAUUGUAUAUUGCUUUAUUUGAUAAGGUUUCAUCUCUUGGAAGUGGAGGAGAUCAUGUCAUGGAUGCCAUUAGUCAGUGUGAACAGUAUGCCAAAGAACAAGGGGCCCAGGAGAGAAAUGCCCCUUGGAGACUCUUCUUCAGGAAGGAGAUCUUCGCUCCUUGGCACGAUCCAACGGAGGACCCAGUUGCAACAAAUCUGAUUUAUCAGCAGGUGGUUCGAGGAGUGAAGUUUGGUGAAUACCGAUGCGACAAGGAUGAAGAUCUUUCUAUGAUCGCUGCUCAACAGUAUUAUAUAGAGUUUGGUACGGACAUGAAUACAGAUAGGCUUUUCAAUAAUCUUCCCAGCUACAUCCCUGAUUACUGUGUAUCAUCAGGGGACAAAGCAAUAGACAGAUGGGCCAAUAUGGUUGUGGCUGCUUACAGGAAAAGUUAUUAUGUUAAGGAGAGAGUCCAGUCUCUUAAAGUGAAAGAGGAUGUAGUCAGUUAUGCCAAGUUUAAAUGGCCUCUCCUCUUCUCCAGAUUCUAUGAAGCUUUCAGGUACUCUGGUCCCAACCUUCCGAAGAAUGACGUCAUUAUUGCUGUGAAUUGGACUGGUGUUUAUGUCGUAGACGAUCAAGAACAAGUGUUGUUAGAAUUGUCCUUCCCAGAGAUCACAACAGUCUCUUGUAAUAAGACGCAGAAAGUUUAUACACAGACAUUUACUCUGUCGACAGUGAGGGGAGAAGAGUUCACUUUCCAAAGCCCCAAUAGUGAAGAUAUUAGGGAUUUAGUUGUAUAUUUCUUAGAGGGACUGAAGAAGAGAUCCAAAUUUGUGAUUGCACUGCAAGAUUAUAAAGCACCAGGAGAGAAUUCGUCCUUCCUAACUUUCAACAAGGGCGACCUUAUCUUACUGGAGGAGGAUUCAUCAGGAGAAACCGUAAUGAACAACGGUUGGUGUGUUGGGCGAUGCGAGAGAACAUCCGAAAGGGGCGACUUCCCAGCCGAGACUGUUUACGUUCUUCCAGCUGUGACUAAACCUCCACAUGAUAUUUUGGCGCUGUUCACAGCCGAAGGCGCCGAGCAUGGUCGCAAGCUGUUCACGCCUCAGCUCAACGGCACAGACUCCCAGGAGAAGCCCUAUACUUUGGAGGAGUACUCCCUGGACCACUUCAGACCUCCACCCAAACGCACAGUGUCCCGGGCCAUCGCCCUCUCAUCAGCUCGUCGUCCAUCAAACGAAACCCUGUGGAAGUAUUCCCGGGACCCCAUCAAACAGCCUCUCCUGAAGAAGCUACUGCACAAAGAAGAGUUAGCUCAAGAAUCUGUCUACGCCUUCAAUGCAAUCCUCAAAUAUAUGGGAGACCUGCCCUCCAGAAGGAACCGACAAGGGAAUGACCUCACUGACCAAAUUUUCGAUGGGCCCCUUAAACAUGAAAUUCUCAGAGAUGAAAUUUACUGUCAAGUAAUGAAACAGCUGACAGAAAACAGAAAUCGGCUGAGUGAAGAAAGAGGUUGGGAACUUAUGUGGUUGGCAACCGGUCUGUUCGCUUGCUCACAAAAUCUUGUCAAGGAGCUCACCCAGUUUCUGAGGACUAGACGCCACCCAAUAGCACAGGAUUCACUUCACCGUCUCCAGAAGACCCUCAAGCAAGGCCAGAGAAAGUACCCACCCCAUCAAGUAGAAGUUGAAGCUAUACACCACAAGACUACUCAGAUCUUCCAUAAGGUUUACUUCCCUGAUGACACUGAUGAAGCUUUUGAAGUAGACUCCUCCACAAGGGCAAAAGACUUCUGUGCUUCCAUCGCUCAUCGUCUCAACCUCAAGAGCUCCGAAGGUUUCUCACUCUUUGUGAAGAUUGCAGACAAAGUCAUUUCAGUUCCAGAGGGUGAUUUCUUCUUUGACUUUGUGAGGCAUCUGACAGACUGGAUCAAGAAAGCCAGACCUUCAAGAGAUGGCACAACCCCGCAUUUCACAUACCAGGUCUUUUUCAUGAAAAAAUUAUGGACAAACACUGUACCUGGGAAGGACCGCAAUGCCGAUAUUAUAUUCCACUUCCAUCAAGAGCUUCCCAAGCUUCUCAGAGGAUAUCAUCGCUGCACAAAAGAUGAAGCUGCCAGACUAGCAGCUCUUGUGUACAGAGUUCGUUUUGGCGAGAGUAAAGCAGAGUUAGCACACAUUCCAACAAUGUUACGAGACCUCAUACCUGCUGACCUAGCUAAAUCUCAGAGUACGAAUGAAUGGAAGAAGGUUAUAGUCCAGCAUUAUAACAAUGAUGCAGGAAUGAGUCCAGAAGAAGCCAAAAUUGCAUUCCUUAAAGUUAUCUACAGAUGGCCAACCUUUGGUUCUGCUUUCUUCGAGGUCAAGCAAACAACUGACCCCAACUACCCUGAACAUCUUCUAAUAGCCAUCAACAAACAGGGAGUGUCUCUUAUUCACCCAACAACAAAGGAAAUUCUGGUCACCAAUCCCUUCACGAGAAUAAGCAACUGGUCGUCAGGCAACACGUACUUCCACAUGACCAUAGGAAACCUCGUUAGGGGCUCUAAACUGCUAUGUGAAACCUCUCUUGGUUAUAAAAUGGAUGAUCUCUUAACAUCUUAUAUAUCUUUAAUGUUAACUAAUAUGAAUAAACAAAAGACUCUACGAAUUAAAUAAAAGCUCAAAACGUUUCCUGGGGAAGAGGGGUGGUGUCACACUAGAAGUAAUUUGAGAGUAUUUUUUAAUGAAUAUUGAAUUGUAUCUUAUUUGUGAAAUGUAAAAUACUGUACCUUUCAUAAUGACUGUUCUGUUCACUGAGGUAUAAAACAAAACUUUUUAUAUCGGCUUGAUUUUAAAAGAUCAAGAAAAAAACUACAAUGAAAUGUAAAUUACUUUGCAAGUUUAAGGUUGAGGGCAAGAUUCUGAGUUUUGAAAUGGUUAAUCACAAAUCAUAUUGCAACAAAAAUUAAUUAGCAAAUGAAGGCAUCUACAAUUGAAGGGGGAAAAUCCAGUACUGUACAGUAAUUACCUGGAUUCUUUCUGCUACAUUCAAACUUUGUUGAAUAUUGAAUGAAUUACACUUGUUUUCUGAAUACUUUAAGCUAUUCCUAUUCUGUGAUUUUAGUGUAAUAUUCAUCUCAUUUGUUUGUUCUUUAUAUCUUUUUAUAUUACUAUAAAAAAUUGGAAAUUCUAUAUCAUUAUGUACAUUGUGGUCAUACAUAUAGUCUCAAAGUUUUAACAUUUUUGUUCUUUGCCUUUUGUUAGUGCACUGAAAUAUAUAUUUCCUCUUAAUGUUGCUUAUCGUCACUUAAAAACUCUAAAGUUUUGAUAUGACAUUUUCAUUAUGUAUUUAUUCAGGCCUUUUUUUUAUACAUUUAGGUCCAAUUAUUCUUUUAAGUUUUCAUCCUCACCGUUUCAAAAGUGACCCAUGUGAGGGAUGAAGUUUAGAUCCUAUGGUUUUUGUGUGUUGUGUAUAUAUUGUUUAUUGGUUUUUAAAAUUUCCCUAUGUAAUUACAUAUUUUAUCUGUUACACUUCUAUCUUUCACAGCAUCUAUUUCAUGAAAUGUCACAACUUUGUUGCACAUACAAGAAGUUCACUUAAUAAAGCCAGCAGUAAUGCGAGUCGUACUGUAUUUAGGUUUGUUCAUUGAACCCUGAUAUAACUUGUGGUAAAACCAAAGAAUCAGUAAUAAAUCAAUCGGUCAUACAUAUUGACAAGAAAAUAACCACUGUCAUUAUUAGUUGGUUCAGACAAUAAAAUAAAAUAUUACAACAGUUAAGAGUCAAUCAUGAACCACCAAACCUUAGUAAAUGCCUUAGAAAAUGAAACUAAUCAUGUACUGUACAGCACUUACCAUAUCCUAAGUAUUCUUACUGUAAAUAUUACAGAAGAACAUAAGCAAAAAUCAGGGGAUCAUUGUUGAUAGUUUAAAGAACUCUAUAUGAAGACUUGAAGUGAAGUAUCUUCAGAAUUGAUUCAGUGAUAAAUUUUUUAAUAGUAAAGUGUUUUAAGUCAAGAUGGUCUGAGUCACACUAUGUUAAGUCUUGAUUUACAGUGAAUAUGAAAAUAUGAAAUGAAUAAUUUAAGGCAAUAAUGAUCCACUAGUGUAUUAAAUUGCAAGGCAGUAAAUGGAAUUCUGGACUACAAUAUUUCAGACUCACAGCUAUGCAACAAUAUAAGAAUUAUCUGUCCAUGUACAGCAGUGCUAUUUUGAAAUCUGUAUGAUGUUGACAUUGUUGUAUCAUUAUUUUGUAAUGAUUUAUCAAUAAAUCCUUGGCAAUAA